AUGUCAGUAUCACCGAUAUCGUCGCUGGACGACAAACCCGCUACGGCUCAUGUUGCCACCACCGCCACUGCCACCGGAUUGCUUGAGAAAAAACACUCCAGCUCAUCUCCGUCGUUCGCGGACUCGGAGAAAAAUGGGCCCGAAGAUACCGCCGAUAAUGUGCUGGCGGAGUACUCCGAAGAACAGGUUAUGAACAUGGGACGCGCAUUUGCCCGGAAAUACGAACUACCUAACGAGGACGACAUUUUUGGAAGAGCCGCAGCGCUGGCCCGCCAACCGGAACGCUACGACCAUAUGUCAUUUUUGUCCGAAGACGAGCGGCUCGCUUGCUAUGACGAAGAACACAAACCUUUUGCCCGGAUGCCACGAAAGCUGAUUGCUAUUGUGUGUGCAUCGGCCAUGGGAGCCGCCGUGCAAGGCAUGGACGAAACCGUGAUCAACGGGGCACUUUUAUUCUACCCCAAACAGGUUGGUUUGGGCGCCGAAACACAACGUAACGAUUGGUUACAGGGUCUGGUCAACGGAGCUCCGUAUUUGUGUUGCGCCGGGGUCUCAUGCUGGAUGACCGACUGGCUCAAUAAUUGGCUGGGCCGUAAACGCGUCAUUUUUGUGACGUGUCUCAUCUCCGCAAUUGCGUGUUUACUACAGGCGUUUGCGCCCACGGGCGAACGUGGAUGGCACUACCUGUUUGCCAUGCGGUUUCUCCUAGGGUUCGGGAUUGGACCCAAGUCCGCCACUGUCUCGGUAUAUCUUGCCGAAUGUUCCACCAAGAAACUCCGCGGCAUCAUCUGCAUGAACUGGCAAACGUUCACCGCGUUCGGAAUCAUGUGGGGCUACGUGUUCUCGCUGAUCUUUUACCGCGUAGGGAGCGGCCCUGUGCACGGCGGUCUGAACUGGCGGCUAAUGCUGGCGUCUGCAAUGCUUCCUGCAAUCGCGGUGCUGGUGCAGAUCCCCUGGUGCCCAGAGUCUCCGCGGUGGCUGAUGGGCAAGGGCCGCUACCAAGAGGCGUACGAAAGCACCGUGCAGAUUCGUGCGCAUCGCAUUUUGGCAUGCCGCGACCUGUUCUACCAGCACGUACUGCUGCUGGAAGAAGGGUCGCUGGAGAAACCGUAUUUUGCGCGUCUGCGCGAGGUGUUCACGGUGCGGCGCAACCGCAACGCGUUCAUCUGCGCGUUCAUCUGCGCGUUCAUGCAGCAGUUCUGCGCCAUCAACGUCAUUGCAUACUAUUCGUCGGCGAUUUUUUUAAAGUCCGGGUUUUCGGAGAUCUCGUCGUUGGUCGCAUCGCUUGGGUUCGGACUUGUCAACUUCUGUUUUGCAAUCCCGGCGUUCUUCAUGAUUGACCGGUUCGGCCGGCGGUUCUUGCUGCUGAACACUUUCCCACUAAUGGCGUUGUUCUUGUUUGUGACCGGGUUCGCGUUUUGGAUUCCCGGCGAGCAAGCACGCGUGGGUGUGGUUUCGAUGGGUAUCUAUGUGUUUUCCGCAAUCUACUCGUUCGGAUGCGGUGUGGUGCCGUUUGUCAUUGCCGGGGAAGUUUUCCCAUUGUACGUGCGUGCCAUUGGAGCAUCACUUUUCACGAUCAUCUUGUGGGGGUUCAAUUUCAUUCUCUCGCUCACAUGGCCCCGGAUGUUGAAUGCGUUGCAUCCACAAGGUGCGUUUGGAUUUUACGCGGGCUGGAACAUUAUUGGAUGGUUUUUGGUGUAUUUCUUGAUGCCCGAGACCAAACAGUUGACGUUGGAGGAAUUGGACGAGGUAUUCGACGUUCCCCUGCGCACUCGUGUGGCACACCAAUUGGGCCAGUUGUGGCCAGAUUUCCAAGAAUACGUAUUGCGUCGCAAAAACGUGGCCCGCGCACCACCAUUGGAUCGCCAUCACAGACUUGCCGUCAAAGCUCUGGAAUGGGACGAAAAGGCAAACGUCGAGCAAGUGGAAAGGGCGUAG